GGGAAUUUAAAUAGCUCAGUAUGUCAAUCAUGCCCCUACCCCCACAUCAACCUUUCGCCAUAUUGGGCGAAAGAGAAGGGUUGUCUGCAGUUUCUCUCGCUACGGGACAAAAUUGACAGAGCGCCUUCAGUUCCUGAGCACUUUGUUUUGAUGAGACUACGCAGGGCUUCACAACACGGCGGCUGUUCGCGUCUUCGUUCCGACGUAUGCAUGGCAUAACGCGUUUUACGCUUGUUUUGGAGCUUUCUCAGCGAAGAGGAGAUAACCGUUGUUUUUGAGUGUUGUGUGUGUGUGCGCGUGUGUGUGCUGCUUUUUUGUUUGUUUGUUUUUUUCCUCCUCGUGAAAAACUGGACGCUCCGGGCUGUUUUAAAAAAUUGCGUGUUUCGCUGGAGCAAAAUGUCAGAUGUUCGACUUUCAAACGGGAGCCCGACGCUGGAGCGGACGGACUCACGGCAGUCUGAACACCCGAAACCCUCAGCCUGCAGGAGCCUCUUCGGCUCGGUGGAUCACGAAGAGUUAAAGAGGGAUUUAAAGGGACAUUUGCGGGAGUUGGAAGAGCGCGCCUCCGACCAGUGGGGCUUCGACUUCGCCACUGACACGCCGAGGGCCAACUCCAGGUUCGAGUGGAAACUAGUGGAUUGCAGAGACCUGCCGGGCUUCUACACUCGGCAGCCGCUUACGAAGAAAGGCGUCUGCUCCACUGGGAAUAACAAUGUGGAUCUUAACGGGAAUCACAGUUGUGUUGUGGUGCCUCCGAGCGAAGAUCCCGACAGGGCUGACGGGCAAAUGGAGUGCACGGAACAGUGUACAGCGCUGAGGAAAAGACACGCGUGUCACGACUCCCCUGUUCCGAGCAAGAGGUCACACAGCAGCUCAGAUGUUAGUUGUCCAAGUCGGAGUCACUCUGCAGAGCACACGCCCAGAAAGACCAGUCCCAAGAGGAAAACGUGAGAAAAGAACUGAAGAUGAAUGCCCCCCCCCUCCUUGUUUAACAUGGAGAAACCUCAGUGUUGGCUGGUUUGUUUGUUUGUUUUAGGGGUUUUUUUGUAAUUUUUUUUUUUGUUGUUGUUGUCGUUUUAGUUUAGUGUUUUGUUUUGUGGGGGGUUUUUUUGUUUUGGGUUUUUUGGGGUUUUUGUUUUUUUGUUUUUGUUUUUUUUUGUUUUUUUUUUUUGUUUGUUUUUUUUGUUUUUUGGAAGAGGAUCUACACAGCAUCAGAAACAUAUCAACCUUCCUGAAGAUUGGGGAGGACGCUGUUGAAGCACUGAAUAGAAACACUAAAUUUUUUUUGGCACUUAAUUAAAAGUUACUGCCUCUAAAAGCAGUCGAUGUAGCAGUGUGCAAUUAGGUUUAAUUUACUUUGCUCCUUUUUUUUUUUUCUUUUUUUUUUUUUACUACCUGUGUGUAAAUAAAAUUAUAUAUAUAUAUAAAUAUAUAAACAUAUAUUAUUUCUCUCCAUAUGUAGCACAUAAGACAUUAUGAUUUAAAAAGAAAUCCUUUAUGUAAAACGGUGUGAAUUUUGAUUUGACUUGAAUUGCAAUGUUUGAUAAAUGUUUCCAAAAUGCUGUUCUGUUAUUUUUAUUUUAGUUUUAUUUUUUUUGGGGGGGGGGGUUGUUGAUACGGUCCCUUAUUGCUACAUUUAAAACAAAAAUCUUGGCUUCUUACAGUUUCUUAAUAGUGUUUCUUCCCUCGUCAUCUUCCUAACUCAGCAUUGAAGAAUGGUACAAAUGUAGCGUUUUUUGUUGUUUUUUUUUUUAAAUAAUUUUUUCCCCCUUCUUCUGGUCAGUCCAGUGUCACAAAGUGUAAGUUCUCCUAUACAAGCUAGUUCAACAGGAAGAAGUGUAGUAUUUGUGUAAGGACAGUCUUUAAGUCAAUUGAUAUUUAUUUUGUAAUUGAGGUGCUUUUAGCAUCAGCUGAAUCCUGGAAUAAGAUUAUUAUUAUUUUUAUUUUUUUUCCCCUCCCACGCUCUGGAGUUGCGAGGUACUCAGAUAUUGAAGGACAAAGACUAUACAAACUGCACAGGUUGUGUUCUCCUUGACUGUUCCUAUUGUUUGAUGAACAUUAAGGCUUGUUUUUUGUUUUUUUUGUUUUUAAGGGUUGAAUGUCCUACAAUACCAAAUACAUGGUUGCAUCAAUAUGUUUGCCAGCACUGCUUGUGCUCUUCAAUUGACUUCACAUUGUGUUACUUUGUGAUAACCUAGAGAUGUUUGUACUUUUCUCAUCGAUGUUGUUAGCCUGCUGAGGAUGCACAUGAGCAUCUAAAAGCUUCCCUUUAUUUGCCUGAAGUGUGGUUUAUUUUAUUUUUUGUUUUAUUUUUUGAAAAAGACCAGGGUACACCUAAAUGGAGACAGAAAACAGCUCGUCUCUGAAAUGCAGUCACCAUGCCUGUGUAUUAUGUAAAUCUUUGCAAUGUACCUUUGUACAUAAUUUUGUAAAAACACUGAGAAAUAUACUAACUUAUUUAUGUCAAGCCUUUUUUUUUUAUGUAGAAUAAAAAAGAUGGGUUUUUGAUUACGGUUAUCCAAAGUGGCAUUUACUUUAUUAUAAUUGUUUUAUUUUGUAAAACCAUAUUUUUGGUAGUUGUUUUGCUUUUUUGUUUUUUUUUUCUUAUAAAGGUUGCAAACUGAGCCUGGUAAAAUAUUUGAUGUGCAUUUUGUAAUGUGUGGUUAUAAAAUGUAUUGCAAUCAAUUAAAAAAGGAAAAAAUGA